GACAUCAAAGUUGCUCUACGUACUUUCUUUUGAAUUUGGCUUAAAUUCAGAAAUAUGUGAUGGUAACGCUAUUUGACGUCUGUGAGCAUAGUUAAUGUGUACAAGAAAAUAUAUUAAAUUUCUUAGUAUGUAUUCAUACUAUAUUGGAGCUAUCAGAACGGAUAUAGCAGCGUGGGUAUCGCCAAGACAGGUAAUUUGACAGUCAACAUUGCCCACAAUAAGUCUACGAUGAUGAGCAGCACGUUUGUUUGGAAAACUAGCACUUUUUAUUCGAGUUUCGCUGUUGAUGGUAACCUGGGACGCACGUUGAACACUGAUGGCUGUACCCACACCAAAGUAGAUGACAUGAAACCUUGGUGGUUGGUCGACGUACAGGGAACGUUUGUUGUUCACAGCGUCACCAUAACAAACAGAGCUCUAGUCCCAGAAAAACUUCACAGUUUUGUCAUUGAACUCUUUUCACAAAACCCUGAAGGAUGUUCUGGCGCUGGUUCUGCUGUUUGUUUGAAUUACACCGGAGCGGGGCUGCCACCAGGCCAAAGUACUUUUACAUGCGAUGAGCCAACCAGAGGCCGAUUCUUCCGCAUAAGAAAAUGGAACAUGAAGGGCACUUCUGAUGUAUUGACCUUGUGUGAAGUACAAAUAUAUGGCACUGAAGAAAAUGGAUGCGGUAUUCCACAUCAGUUCUGGCGUACAUCAGGAGCGCGUCUGUUAAGUCAACACUCUGAGCUAAUAAAUGACACGUCGCUGAUGGAAUGCUCAAUGCAAUGUGAUAGGAAAACCAGCUGUUUGGCUAUCAAUGUCAACGUCAACAGUCACCAGUGUGAACUCACCUUUAAUGGAAGUUUUGAAAACACCAAGGAGAUCAAUCCAGACUGGGAUUACUAUGGCUCGGAUUUCUGCUAUUCUGAGGAACAAAACCUUGUAAAAUAGUAUCUCUCACGAGGUAGAGUCUGAAGGACGAUUUAAAUGUUUUGUCUAUAGGAGGACUGCCAAUUCCCAGGACGAAACAUCCUACUAUUGUUUGCUUUUAGAAACCUGCAUACAGUGGUUGAUUCAAAAUUUAUAGACAACGGGAAAGAAUAAAAAUAAUAUAUUCUAGAAAUUUAACAGUACACUAUUAAAAGAUUAACAAUAUAUACAUAUUGCAAAUUUGGGAAUAGAAAAAUGUUAAAUAUACUAAAACUAGAGAUGAACAUGAUGUCAAUUGAUGUAAUACUACCGGUUCAUAAUUGUUGUUAAUAGUGAUAACUGUUUUCUCAAAGUUUGUGAAAUAAGAGCAAAAAAGAAUAUGUCUUACUUGGAUUGGAUAAUCAUCCCACUUUUGUCUCUAGGAAAAAACAAGCAUUGCUUUGUUAGUUGUCAGGUUCUGGAUGUAAAGCAUUUGAUAAUUCCUACAAUAAGGAGGUGAUCAGGUGUAUGUUUCCAUUAACAGUAAUUUGAAAGAGAUUUGUUAUAUACGCUUGACCAUAAUCACAAAAUGGGUCCAUCCAGGUUGGGGUGGGGAAGUCGAUCCUACUUAUAUACACUUGACUAUACAUAAGAAAGCGCAUACCACGGCCUUUGAUAUGUCAAUCAUGGGACACAGUUUGGGACGGGAAAAAGUCAUAAUCAGAGAAUGGGUCGAUCCAGAUUACUUAUUUUACUAUUAUUAUUAACUUCUUUUUAUUAUUUUUAUUUAAUUUAUUUAUUAAUUUUUUUUUUUUUUUUUUUUUUUGGAGGGAGGGGCGGGA